GGUCUGUAGGGAGCAGCUGCUGAUGGUUGGAAAGAUAGUGAGCUUCGUUGCCACUGAAAUUUCACAACACAAAAUGAAAUGAUAGCGGUAUGUGACGUUAUCAAGAGAUGACAUUGUUUACCUGCGCUGCACUGCUUUUUACCUCAAUGAUCAGUCCCUCCCAUUCCUCUUGUCACUGAGUACAAACCUGAGUUGGCAGACAUGCUGGAUGCUACCAACACGAGGACAGAGGAUCAUCUGUUUAGCGGGUUUGAGAGGACCAUGGAUAACGUCAGCUGGGGAUUGAUUGUAGAUGCCAACACGUCUCUUCAGAAUGAACUUCCCUCUUGUAAUACACUGAGGAACCAGGCUUCUCGAGUUUUCCUGUAUGCCUUCCUCUCUGUUGGCAUUGUCUGCACUGUGGUGGGCAAUUUCCUGGUGGUCUUGUCCAUUGCCUACUUCAAGCAGCUACAGUCGCCGACCAACACCUUCGUUAUGUCCCUUGCUGUGGCUGAUUGCCUGGUUGGACUGGUGGUGAUGCCGUAUAGUAUGAUUCGGACUGUGGAGGGAUGUUGGUACUUUGGCAUCUUUUUCUGUGGGCUUCACUCAAGCCUGGAUGUCAUGCUCUGCACAGCCUCCAUAUUUCAUCUCAGCUGCAUUGCCUUCGACCGCUACUACGCUGUCUGUAACCCGCUUGUCUACUCUUUAAAGAUGUCCCCCAGUCGGGUAGCUUUCCUUAUUGUUGUGUGUUGGGCUGUUCCCAUGCUUAUUUCCUUUUGCCCCAUAAUGCUGAAUCUCCAUAUUGCUGGUGUUAACAUCCUUCUCCCUGAAGAUGUAUGCGUGUUCUUGGUCAAUCGCAUUUACGCUGUCAUGGCUUCUUUGGUGGCCUUCUACUUGCCAAUGGCUAUCAUGCUAAUAGCCUACUGGAAGAUCUUCAAAGCUGCCAAACGACAGGCCAUGCAGAUCACCGCCAUGGAAAGCCAGAUGGCUUCUGGAGUGGGCAAAGACUCGAGUAAGAAACAAAGGCACCGUAACACUAUGAGGAGGGAAAGGAAGGCAGCAAAAACUUUGGGUAUCAUCAUGGGGGUGUUCCUUCUCUUCUGGAUGCCCUUCUUUACAGUUAACAUUGUAGACCCCUUCAUUGACUACAGCACAGAAGUGGUCGUUUGGGACAUAUUCUUGUGGCUGGGAUAUAUCAACUCAUCUUUAAAUCCCUUCCUGUACGGCUUCUUCAAUCGUUCCUUUCGUAGGGCAUUCCUAAUGUUCAUAGGCUGCAGGGUGUGCCUGCCUGGGUCCUCACCUGGGAUGGAGCUAUCACAUACUCGGAAAGAGGCAAAUGACAGAGCAGAGAAACGAUAAAAUAAGGAUUGUAUCUGUAUUUUUGAGUAGGCACGGGAUGGUUAAGUAAUGUCGUAAGGUCGGAGGUUUGGAAUAUAUGUAAGGCAAGUCCCUGGAAGAAGCCACAUUAAAGGUGAACAGAAGAAAAUGAAGGUACAUACCUUAUAGUCACUUUCAGUUCUGCUCUUUCUUAAGACGUUGACUCAGAAGCAAAACUAAAGUCAACAGUCACAAUUUACGUAGAAUUUUGGAGCAGUCACCUAUAGUCUGGCUGUAUCAACCAAGCAAGGGGUGGACAUAAUAGCUGCAAUGCAUUUGGAGCUUCAGUUAUUGUUUGCCAUUUUCAUUUUGACUAUUUCAAAAGCAUAUCUCCACUACAUUUCUGAAACAAAAAUAACUCAUGUUUUGUAGAGGAAUGAGCAACAAGUGAGGGAGCACUUCAAAGACAGCAGUGGUUUCAGAUGACUGUGGGAAAAUGCAGACAUCCUAAUGAACUCUCAGAUAAAAGCAAAGUUACACACGUUUUAAGGUAAGAGUGUCAAAUUACAUGAAAGGCGAGGCAUAUAUUUAAUUGUUCCUGCCAGUGCCACAUGUGUAUAAUAAUAAAAGCAGCCUUAAACACAGAUAAAGUGUGCAUAAACAUUUCAUAACUUGAAACUUAUCUUACACAAACUCUAAAUUAGAACCUCUAUUUUUAAUCACCUUGGUCUUUCCUCAAAUUUUGUAGAAAAUUGUUCAAAACUUAAAGGUCCUCUGGGGAACUUUGUGUUUGUGUUGAUUUUGGCGCCCCCUCUGGACAAAAUGAUACAUCUUACAUGUUUGCUUAUUUUGUCCAACACAUGAGUAGGUGGUGUUUUCUAACAAGAAAAAAAUCUGGUCUGGCUUUAACAAUGAAAUGUAUUUCUCGUGAAAAUUUGUGGUGGAAAAAGUAAAGACAUGUUUUUUUCUCAGCAUGCUAUAAAUUGUCUCGGCUGAAGCCUACCUCCUCGCAGUGUCUUUGGGCAUUAAACAUUACAGUAUAGAAAUGUGUGUCUUUUUAUUCUUGUCAAUCUUGUUGUCAAUGGUCUCAUUUGUAGGUCAU